CAUCAUGAACGUCCGCCCAGCUCGGGUGGAAGACCUCGCUGGGAUGCAAGCCUGUAACCUGCAGAACCUACCCGAGAACUACACUAUGAAGUACUACCUCUACCAUGCGCUGAGCUGGCCACAGCUGUCGUACGUUGCGGAGGAUCAUAAGGGCAGGAUCGUAGGAUACAUCUUAGCGAAAAUGGAAGAAGAUGUUACUGACGGUGACGAGCCCCAUGGACACGUUACAUCCAUCUCUGUGCUGAGAUCCUACCGACGACUGGGCUUGGCGAAGAGGCUCAUGGUGCAAUCUCAGGAAGCUAUGGCGACAGUGUAUCGUGCCUCCUACGUCUCGCUACACGUACGCAAGUCCAACCGCGCGGCACUGGCGCUGUACAAGGACACGCUCGGCUUCACCGUGAAGGAGAUCGAGAAAAAGUACUAUGCGGACGGCGAAGACGCCUAUGCGAUGCGGCUGUCCCUCAAGCACCUCGCUCGCUGAAAAGAAAAGUACAUACACAUACCCUUUGUACAGGACGCUGCAAGUUCAUCGUACAUCUAAUGUAUACAUACAUACGCC